GUGUAACGUCGCACCACUGGUCCCAUCUUGGUUUGAGAGAGAAGGAGAGAGAGAGAGAGAGCAAAGCGACCCGUCCAUAUUACCGCUGCUGUGUCAGCACUUUUCACGGUGAUGGACCCUCCUGGUGGGGGAGACGAACGGCGGAGGCAGGCAGAGCGUCUUCGACGGGAGGAGGCAUACUAUCACUUCAUUAAUGAACUGAGUGAAGAGGAGUACCGCCUAAUGAGAGACAGCAACCUGCUUGGCACUCCUGGGGAGGUGACGGCCGAGGAGCUCAGGCAGCGUCUCGAUGGAGCAAAAGAGCGCAUGUCAUCUCAGCCCCGUACUGAGCAGCGCUUGCAGACUGCUGAUUCUGGAGAACAGCAGGGAGGCAGCGGUGAGGGAGAGGAGAGAGGGGCUGGAGGGAGACGAGGAGCAGGGGGCACAGAGCCCGGAGCAGAAACUUCUAAUGGUGACUCAUUACUGGAGUGGCUGAACACUUUCAGACGCACUGGUAAUGCUACCCGCAGUGGGCAGAGUGGCAACCAGACAUGGCGUGCUGUCAGUCGGACCAACCCUAACAGUGGAGAGUUCCGCUUUAGCCUGGAAAUCAACAUCAACCAUGAUCAGCCAGAGCCGGGGGAGCAUAAUGACACUGCGGACACUGCAGAGCUGCCAGUGACUGCCCCAAACACAACUUCCCCCUCUAUACGCACUGUUUCUUCUUUCUCCAACCCUCGCCCUUCAACCACGCCAAGGCCAACCCCGUACCCCACCCCCCGCCCAGCCCUCAGCAGGAGAAUGCAGACACGGCGUACACGCAGCAGCACUACCACUCUUUCUAUGAGCCCUCCUGCACUUCCUGCGCCAAUGACCACCCCAACUGCUGCUCAAAGGAGAGGUGCCACUUUGCACUCUUUAGCACCACCUCCCACUGUUCCCAACCCACCUCUUGAUCAAACUACACCUUCACAACAAGCUCUCAAUGCAGAAGUAGAGCAGGGCAGUGAUGAUAUGUCUGCUUCAAUAGACUGUCCCCGUGUGUCACCCCAGUCUGUAUCUCAGGCCCCAGCAGUGGGACACGAAUCACGUGGCAGUAGGACUCGAUCGCGUGGUCGUGCACGCAGGGCCGCAUCUGGGGUUGGGGUUUCAUCCCGCUUGUCAAGGCGAAGCCGUUCCCCCUUGCACAGAAUACCUGUUGCAACAGCCGCUCCACCAUCGAGCAGCGGUGUCAGUGGUUCUAGCAUGCACACUGUUGAGCCAGGCAGUGGCACAAGCUCUGUUUCCAUGGAAACAGGAGAGGCUGUGGCAGAACCUGCAGCUCUAACAGAGACAGCUGUAGAGACAGGAGAACGCGAGAGUGAAUCGCAUGUAAUAGGAUCAGGAAGUUCAGCUGUGCGACGGCAUCCAACCAUUAUGUUGGACCUGCAGGUGAGAAGGAUUCGACCAGGUGAAAACCGUGAUCGGGACAGCAUCGCCAGUAGAACGCGUUCUCGCGCACGUGUUGCUGAGAAUACGGUCACAUUUGAAAGUGACAGUGGUGGAUUUAGACGCACCAUCUCCCGCUCUGAGAGAGCUGGAAUCCGCACCUAUGUGAGCACUAUACGGAUUCCACUGAGGCGCAUCAGUGAGACGGGCCUAGGGGAGCCCAACUCCACCGCCCUGCGCUCCAUCUUGCGCCAGAUUAUGACCGGAUUUGGGGAGCUGAGCUCCUUAAUGGAGACAGAGGCUGACUCUGAAACUGUUGCACCUAGCCACACAGAUCCUAGUGGUACAAAUAGUACCUCCAGCCCAACCAGUCGUCUACUUACAAAUGAGAGCGCAGCUGGCCAGGUUGGUACAGGUGCGGUAGAUCAGGAGAGGGUGGGGCUGGUGGGAAGCGAGGAGGACCAGGGAGGACAGGCCCGGCUCGGAGGAGCGGUGGUGAGCACGACAGAGGGACGGGCCACCAGCAGAGACACCAACAACCUGGUAGAAAAUGGUACUCUACCCAUCCUGCGGCUGGCACACUUCUUUUUGCUCAAUGAUGAAGAAGAUGAUGAACACCCUAGGGGCCUGACCAAAGAGCAGAUUGACAAUCUAUCCACACGUACUUAUGGUCAGGCCAGCCUGGAGGGGGAGAUGGGUCGUGCAUGCAGUGUCUGCAUCAAUGAGUAUGCCCAAGGCAACAAGCUGCGUCGCCUGCCCUGCUCCCAUGAAUUCCACAUCCACUGUAUCGACCGCUGGCUCUCUGAAAACAACACCUGCCCCAUCUGCAGGCAGCCCAUACUCACAGUGCAUCAUGACUGACCUAUUGCUCACAAACACAACUAUUGUGUUCCUGGCUGGCUGAACUGAGCAGACCCAAGUGGGCUUUGCAUGUACAUAGCGCUUUCAUAGUUAAAUUUCUUUGAAAAUAUCCAUUGUGUUGAAGCUGAAGAAGGUUGAACCAAAAGUGCGGAAAAAAAGAAACUAUAUAAUGCAGAGAAUUAACAAAACUUUAUUUUUUUAGACUCUUUGUUUUCAGCAACUUAUUGUUUUAUUUUCUUCUUCCUGUGAGCUGUUUGGCUGGUCUCUGUCACAAAGCUUCAGAGCCCAUGUCAAUGGAUGGCAUUAAUGCUUAAGGAGCUCCUGUAGCCGCUGCUGACUAGUCUCACUUUAACUCUUUAAUGUCUGAUACAUGUGACGUCUCUUUGUCACAACGGGACUACACAGAUCACUUCUAGACUUGAUUUACUCAGUAUGAGCUGUAAAUAACUCACCACUGCUUAUAUUUAAGGGUUUUGAAGCAAGAUGCUCCUCACAUGCCAUCUGUUUAGAAUGUUUUUUUUUACAUUCACCAUUUUAAAGCUUUGACAUCCAUUUUAAAAGUGUCCCUUUAAAGUUGGUUAAGAAAUGUAUGAUUUAUUGGGAUGUGUAUGAGCUAUGUAUUUAAGUUUGAAAUGAGUUUUAUUCUGUAUGUCUAGUAAUAUUUGUUAAGCCCUCUCCAUACAUUUGUCCCAUAUUAUUGCAAUACAAAAUUCAUCCAUGUCACCCACAAAAAUCAGCCACUUUGAGAUCAUCGACAUUAACCAUAUAAGCAGCACAAUUCAAAUGAAAUACAGAAGGCAUGUGAUAAUCAGGAAUUCAAAGUUGUAAUUUAGUAUGAGUUGUGCAAUAUGGAGAGAAAAGACAGUAUUGUUUGUUUUGCUGUUCAUUGUUGUUUACAUUGUAAUGCCUGAUUAUCAUCUCCACUUAAAAACAAAGUCUUGUUUACCCUGAAA